AUGCGUGAGACAUGGGUACAAUCACAAUCUACAGCAGAAAUCACCCAACGGCAGUUUGUUGUUGGUGUUGCGUUGAUGACGGCUAGAACGUGCAGUGCAUUACCCAUAGGUGAGGUAGGCAGGCAGCAGAAAUUGCCCCAGAGUGCCGCCGAUGGCCGUCCCCCGGGUACCAGUGGUACCAGUACCUACCUUAAGCGGGCAUACAGACGAACGGGAUUCUACGGCUUCGGGCGCAUCCCACUCAUGCGACCAUGGACGGCUGCACACCAUCACGACGACGCAUUACCACUACAGCUAACCACCUUCGCCCUGUGCGCCACGCAUCUGGAGCCCCGUGUAUCAUUUUGCACUUUCGCUCGAGCGGAGCCGCCGCAAGCCUGCAGGAUCCGACCUGGCACUGUACGGUACAAGCACUGCGCUGCGAAACUGAGUGCUUCUAUGCUUGUCUGCAUCGGCGUCCCACGCGCCUUGGGCUGGAAGAGGCAUGGCGGCGUCGAACCUGGGACAUGGGGCUCAGAGAGCCCGGGAAGCUCCCUUGUCGACAGGUCGAGUCGAGUCGCACCCCCGGCCCCAAGCAAGCUGUGA